UCUGCCAAACCGCAAACCAGUUUCGGCGAUUGAGCGAUAAUGAAGCCAAUGAAGCAAGAAGCGACUUAAGUUAAAGCUGAACUUGAAACUUACAACAUAUCAGUCGCCUUGGAGUAGUGCGCGGAUGUACACCAGUUAAAUGUGUCCCUAAACUUGAAUUUUAUUGUUUAUGCAUAAAAUCAACAAAAAUCACCUUGAAACGUGAUUUAAACUGAAAAUAUCAACAAAGUGUGUGUGAAUUGUUGUCUGUGGUCACGAUUAUGACUCGAGUUGUGAUUUAACAACAAGAUAAACAUAAUAAACAUCCUGAUUUUUUCUCCGGUUUUAAGAUAAAAAUCAUGAGAAUGUUGAUAAAAACGAAUAAAAUGUUUGUUUUAUUGGUUGGAUUAGUGAUGUUUUGGUGUAAUUUGAGUGAGGCGCAGCAAUUGUGGGUGUCGCCAUGUCCGAGAUUGUUUUCGUAUGAACCGCAGAAGGAAAACGAUCGAUGGUUUGGUGUGGUUACACUGACAAGUGAUACUGAUCUGAAGGGAGUAUGGCUGCGAGUUGCUUUUGAUCGACCAUCGAUGCAAUUGGGUAACUGGUUUGGUGAAAUACGUACCUCCGACAACACGGAAUACCUCAUCCACAAUCGCAACCACGAACUGAAAGCCAACAUGCCGUACGCACUGCGUUUCUACAUCAAAUACGACCCGAACAGUCCACCACCGCAACUCAUCGGCAUCCGCCUAAACGCACGCCCCGUCUGCCCGGAAGGCCAAACAACCACACCGGCCGCCAUCACGGGAGGCAACCAGUUAAUCACAAGCGCGCCAGAUGGCAAAGACCCUCUUGGAGGCAUCUCACAAACAUCAUCAACAACACCCAUUCCGCAACCCACAACACAACGACGACCAGGGCAAACAUUCAGUAGACCAGGCGGUGGUUGGCCCGGAAGUGCCUCAACCGACGAUGACGACGACGACGUCUUCCAAGGCGACUUCCAAUUGAUAAACCGUCCACAUCUGCGACCACAAGCCGAACCAGAGUGUGGAACAGUAGUGAUGGCGCAUGAACGUCGCAAACGUGACGCAGACGCCCCGCGCAGAGGCGGAGUCAGCCGCCAUGAUUACCAUGGCAACCAUAAUCAUGGCUGGCAUCAACAUCAAAGUCAUAGCAAAGACUAUCGCACACCAAACUUCCCACAAGUUGAGUACUUCUACGUCGACGCCAACACGCAGAUACAAAAUGGCGUCGUAUCUACGCCACAGUUUAAUAACGCGUGGAAUUUACGCGAUUGGGUGUUGAACUUCCUAAAUCAACGAUAUGAUUUAACAGCGCAGCAUGCAACAUCAACGCCAUCUACAACCACAACAGAAAAACAAUUAAUAAGCAUGCCGUAUGUUGGUGGUGUUGUACCAUCACAGAAAAGUAACAAUUCCUUACCUCCAGUAGCAAUAAAUCCAGAUCAGGACUUGCAAAUGACUAAUCUUAUCAAAACACGUGUUGAUGAUGAUGAUAUAGCACCGUUGGAGCAACAACCUCGUCCGUUGAUUACUUUCGGCCAAUCGACGAAAGAGGGCGAAUUUCCAUGGCAUGUUGCCUUGUAUCACGAACGCGGCGCUGAUUUACAAUACAUUUGUGGAGCUUCGCUAAUCUCCCGCAGUCAUGUAAUAACCGUGGCGCAUUGUGUCACACGCAGACGCAGCGCCACCGCACUCAAUCCGGACUCACUCGUGGUGUAUCUCGGGAAGUAUUAUUUGAAGAAAUGGUCGAAUCCUGGUAUACAAGACAGUCAAGUGGCGGCCAUUUUGCCACAUCCCGAAUACAACUCACAGACAUAUGCGAAUGACAUCGCCAUUUUAAAGUUGUUGAAUCCGGCGACUUUCAGUGAUUUCGUGCGGCCGAUUUGUCUGUGGGGUGAUGGACAAGACCUGGAAGGUGUUUUAAACAAACCUGGUACGGUUGUUGGAUGGGGUUUUGAUCACACUGGUAAAGUAACUGAAGAAUUAACACAAGCGAAAAUGCCUGUGGUAUCAAAAGAAACGUGUAUCUAUUCUUUUCCUGAUUUUUUCUCGCGUUUCACAACGAGUAAAACCUUCUGUGCUGGGUUUCGAAAUGGUACUUCUGUGUGUAAUGGUGAUUCCGGCGGUGGAAUGGUCUUCCCCAAGCAAACAUCUACGCCUAAUCGUGAAGUAUGGCAGCUUCGUGGGUUAGUAAGCAUCAGUGUAGCGUUACAGAAUCAAUUCAAAUGUGAUUCGUCGCAUUAUGUUGUGUUUACUGAUGUGGCAAAGUAUUUGGACUGGAUUCAUGAAGCUAUGCGACAAUAAUCACUUAGAUUUGAUUGGAUUUUAAGAUAUUACUUGUGUAUAUCACUAUUUACAUAUAGAUUAAGUUAUUUUUGA